GUUUAGCGUUGAAAUGCGAAACUUCGUCUGUCUCCAGCCUGAAAGAGUUAAAGGUUAGCUUGAGAGAAGAAAAUAACAGGACUGAAAAAAGGGAACAGCGUUGGAGGGCUUUAACCAAAAAAAGCGGUAGUGAUGUUACGUAAUGCCGUUAUCACGUGACCUCUAAAGCGGAACAACAGAGAAAACUUCGGGGUUCGUCUUUGAGAGGGCAGUAGGAGAGGGCUUCAGGAUGUCUGUACCUGGAAGUUUCGCGGUGCUCCGUGUUUUGUGGCUGCUAUCAGUGUUUGGCACGGUGCUCCCGCUGGACGGUGGCAUGCUCUUUCCCCGGGAGUCCUCCUCCAGGGAGGUGAAGGAGCUGAACGGGCUGUGGGAUUUCAGGGCUGACGGGUCCCCCAACAGGAACGAGGGCUUCGAGAAGGCUUGGUACAAACGUCGGCUGGCAGAGACUGGCCCAGUGAUUGAAAUGCCAGUUCCUGCCAGCUACAAUGACAUCACACAGGACCCCACACUAAGAGAUUUCAUUGGCUGGGUGUGGUAUGAGCGAGAGGUGUUUGUGCCAGCCCGCUGGAUCUCCGAUGAGGGAACAAGAGUGAUUCUUAGAGUGGGAAGUGCUCACUAUUACUCAAUAGUGUGGGUGAAUGGAGAGAAAGUGACAGAGCAUGAAGGUGGCCAUCUUCCUUUUGAGGCAGAGAUUAGUAGUUUAAUCCGCAGGGACCCAACAAAGCCAUGCAGAAUCACUAUUGCUGUAAACAACACUCUAACUUUGGAGACUCUUCCUCCAGGCACCAUCCAGUACAUGAAUGAUCGUACCAGGUAUCCUGAUGGUUUUUUUGUGCAAAACAUCUACUUUGAUUUCUUCAACUAUGCUGGGAUACAUCGUCCUGUACUGUUGUAUACUACUCCUAAGGUGUAUGUGGAUGACAUCAUAGUGGAGACCAACUUCAUGGAUGACACUGGUCUUGUUAGAUACAAAGUAUCUGUUCAAGGUGCUGCAACAGCCACCCUGAAGGUUACUCUGAUGGACAAAGAUGGUCACUGUGUGGCCUCCUCUAACACACCAUCUGGAGUGCUCAAAGUUGUAGAUGUGAAGCUGUGGUGGCCGUACUUGAUGCACGAGAAUCCAGGUUACCUUUAUUCUAUGGAGGUCCACCUAAUAGCAGUCAGUGAGACAUCAACAUAUGAGGAUGUGUAUACUCUGCCAGUCGGCAUCCGCACAGUCAACGUUACCAAGACCCAGUUCCUCGUUAACAACAAGCCAUUUUAUUUCCAUGGUGUCAAUAAACAUGAGGACUCUGAUAUUCGAGGUAAAGGAUUGGACUGGGCCCUAAUUGUAAAGGACUUUAACUUAAUUAAGUGGUUGGGAGCCAACUCGUUCCGUACCAGCCACUACCCCUAUGCUGAGGAGAUCCUGCAGAUGUGUGACCGUCAUGGGAUUGUGGUGAUAGAUGAGUGCCCAGGUGUUGGCAUCAAAGACAUUCGCAGUUUUGGAAACUCCUCUCUGUCUCACCACUUGGUUGUCAUGGACGAGCUUGUGCGCCGGGACAAGAACCAUCCCUCUGUGGUCAUGUGGUCGGUAGCCAAUGAGCCCGCCUCAGAGAUGCCUCCUGCUGAAUUUUAUUUCAAGACUUUGAUAAAGCAUACCAAAGCUCUGGACCAUACCCGACCUGUCACCUACAUCACAGACAGUAACUAUGCCAGGGACAAAGGGGCUCCCUUUGUAGAUGUUGUAUGUGUAAACAGUUACUUCUCCUGGUACCAUGAUCCAGGCCACUUGGAGGUCAUUCCUAUUCAGCUCAACGCUCAGUUUGAGAAUUGGUAUGGAAAAUACAAGAAACCCAUAAUCCAGAGUGAAUAUGGAGCAGAUGCACUUCCAGGGCUUCACAUGGAUCCACCCAUGAUGUUCACUGAGGAGUACCAGAAUGCUCUCCUGCAGAGCUACCAUGAUGUGUUUGACCAGAAGAGGAAGCAGUAUGUUAUUGGUGAACUCAUCUGGAACUUUGCAGACUUCAUGACUGCACAAGCAAUCCAUCGUGUGGUGGGGAACAAGAAAGGUAUUUUUACCAGGCAAAGGCAGCCUAAAGCAGCAGCCUUCAUCUUGAGGAAGAGGUACUGGAGACUGGCUAAUGAGACGGGGAGACUGCCUCCUUGGACUAAAUACCCCUGUUCACUCUGAAACUGUGUUGAAGAUUGAUGCAGAAGUCACAUCAAGUCCCACCAUGGUGACAUUCACCGGUGUAGGCGAUCCACUACUUGAUUCUGUGAGCACGGUGGCAGAACAGACUAAUCUUCUGCUGUCGCUUCUGAGGAUGCAGUAUGAUCAGUAGACUCCUGACUAUUGUUCAUCUAAAGUGACCUUGGAGUCAUUUUCUAUACGUUGAAUGUUUCCCUGUGCUGCUCAUUUAAAUUCAAAACCUGCUGCUAGUUCAGUCAUGGUGAUUAAGGAAUGUUGUUUUGUUGUUGUUGUUGUUCAGAAACGUUUUUCAUAGGUGGACACUUUUUUUUUUUGCCCAAAGUCACUUGAAGUGAAUAUCGUUUACUUUCUGUGGUCUCUCAUCACCACGUCACUGCAAAUCGCUUUCAGUGUGUAUCCAGCUUUACAAGUAUUAUCAGCCAUUCCAGUCACUAUGAAGUCACCCACACCAAAUAAAGAAUAAAAGCAAAGUUAGGCCUGUUUUACAAUAAAGAAGAGCUAGUCUUUGCUAUCUGAUUGUGGUGAUAACAUUAUUUUAUUUUAUUUCUGUUUUAUUUUUGCUUCAAAAAUCUUUCAUUCAAGGCUAAGUACAGGGAAGAUGCAUCAUUGGCAUUGGAUGCUACUUAUAUUGAGUACGCCUUGCUAGCACCAGGAUGAACCCCUUUUUGCCUUCAGAACUGCUUUUACUCUGUAACAUAGAGUCAACAAGGUACUGGAAAGAUUGCUCAGGCAUUUGUCCGUUGCUCAUCCAUGAUAAAAAUCUACUAUUCCACCACCACAUACCAAAGGUGCUCUAUUAGACUGAGAUCUAGUAACUUUGGAGGUCAUGUGAGUAAAGUGAACUCAUUUUCAUGCUCAAAACCAGUUUGAAAUUUGUGAUUUGAGCUGUGUGACAUGGCAUAGUAUCCUGCUGGCAGCAGACGUCAUACGAUGGGUAAGACCGUGAUCCUAAAGGAUCCUGAAUGGACAUGGUCAAUAACUGUACUCAGGUUGGUUGUACUAUUUUAAACUGUGCUCAAUGGCACUCAAAGGCCACUUCAUUAGAUAGAAGGUGUCAUGUGUUUUUCUGUCCUCAAACUGUAUAAAUGAAAAAGGGUGUACUGAAAAUGACUGUCUGGAAGAACAUUCUCUUUCAUGCAAGCAGAUUCUCCUUUUACACUGCAUGUUUAACCAGUUGGGUUCCACAAGGUUAAAUUCUGGGAUAAGUUAUUCUCCUUUUACAAGCUUCCUUUAGCCGCUAUCAAUCAAUCUUUUUCUGGCAUUUCUUAUCAUUUUUAUGCCAGUGACAUUCAACUGUACAAGUCUUCUAUUUCACCAGCUGAAUAGGCUGUCCAUCCUAGUUUGCUGUGAUCAGACAGUGGAUUAAUAUUUCUAAAUAAAGUAUCACACCAACUACAAA